AUGGGAAACUUUGGGAAGACGGGCCUGAAAUGGCUCUGGUCUUCGCUCGUGCUCUCCCAGGCACGGGCUUUCUACAUACCUGGCUGGUCAAUCAAGAGCUACAAAGACGACGAACAGAUCCCCCUCUUGGUGAACAAGGUCUACUCCGACAACACCCAAUUGCAGUACGCCUACUAUGACCUGCCAUUCGUCUGUCCUCCGACGGGAAAGCAUUCUGCCGGAGGGCUUCUGAGCGGCCAGAGCAUCUCUCUCAACCUCGGCGAGGUCCUGCGCGGCGACAGAAUCAUAACGUCGGAUAUCGAUUUGACAGUAGGCCGGGAUAGCGAGUGCAACUUUCUCUGCAAUCAGGAGAUCAGCCGCAAGGACCUUACAAGAGCAAAAGAGCUAGUCAGGGACGGAUACGUGGUCGAGUGGAUUGUGGACAACCUCCCCGGCGCUACCAGUUUCGUCACCGUAGACAAGACGCGGAAGUACUACGCUGCCGGCUUCAAACUGGGCUUCACCGACUACUCUUCAAGCUCGGACAGGCCAAAGUACUACCUAAACAAUCACCAUACCAUCGUCAUCCGCUGGCGCAAAGCUCCCGGUCGUGCUGGAGAGAAGGGUGGCAAGGUUGUUGUUGGGUUUGAGGUGUACACCAAGAGCAUUGGCCCAAACGCCAAGAGGGAAAAAGGAUGCCCUGUGGAUCUUAAGAACGUUGACGAGCACUUCGAAUUGGACAUCCCGGCAAACAAGACGACAAAUUUUGCCGUUCAGUACCCAGACUCGUCAUACUGGCCCGAAGACGAGGACGCCGAUGACGAUGCCACUUUGACCAUUCCCUACACUUACUCGGUCUACUUCAGAGAGGAUGACUCGAUCGAAUGGAACCGCCGAUGGGACCUGUACUUUGUGAACCAAGAGGAGGGCUCCAAGAUCCACUGGCUUGCCAUUGUCAACUCGCUGAUCAUCUGUGGUCUCUUGACUGGCAUUGUCCUCAUAAUCUUGGCAAAGACCAUCCGCACCGAUAUCAAGGGGUACAAGGAGGUGUCCGCCGAGGACGGGAAGCUGCGUGUCAGGCGUGGCCGAAAGGCCGGGGCGCGCACCCCAAGAUCCGAGAAGCCCACCGGCGGUCUUCUGGAACAGGAAGACCAGCCUGAGGAUGAGGGUAGCCUCUCAUCUGACGACGAGGGUCUCGAGGAUGUGACCGGGUGGAAGUUGCUUCAUGCCGACGUGUUCCGCAAGCCCGAUUACGGCUACCUUCUAGCUCCCUUGGUGGGAUCGGGUAUGCAGCUUCUCUUUAUGGCCUUUGGCCUGGUUCUCCUAAGCGCCAUUGGUAUCCUCAACCCAAGCUUCAGGGGCGGUUUCAUCAGCGCAGGUGUGGGCUUGUUUAUCUUCGCCGGCCUCUUCUCCGGCUAUUUCUCUGCCAAGGUCUACAAGACAUUCGAUGGCAAGGAUUUCGGCAAGAAUGCUUUGGUGACGGCCAUGCUCUUCCCGGGCCUGCUGUUUGGCUGUCUGUUCAUUUUGAACCUCUUCGUCUGGGCACAGGCGUCGAGUACAGCCAUUCCGUUCGGGACCCUGAUUGCCAUUCUCACGUUGUGGCUUUGCAUCCAAGUUCCCCUCGUCUACGUCGGAUCCUGGUAUGGGUUCGUCAAGACAGGGGCUUGGGAGCACCCGACCAAGACGAGCAGUAUCCCGCGACAAAUUCCUCAGCAAGCUUGGUAUAUCAAGAGUAUGCAAGCUGUUUUGCUCGCUGGUCUCAUCCCUUUCGCGGUUAUUUUCAUCGAGCUGCUUUUUGUCUUCCAGUCGAUGUGGCAGGACAAGAGCGGGUACUAUUACGUCUUUGGCUUCCUGGCGGUAGUGUCAAUCAUCCUCAUUCUCACGAUCGCCGAGGUCACAGUCGUGACAGUCUAUGUCCAACUCUGUUCGGAGAAUUACCACUGGUGGUGGCAGUCUUUCAUGAUCGGGGGCGGAAGUGCCGUGUGGGUCUUCCUAUAUUGCAUCUGGUACUACUUUGCGAAACUUCACAUCUCAGGCUUCAUUAGCUCGAUGCUGUUCUUCAGCUACAGCUUCAUGGCCUGCUGUGUGUACGGCCUCCUGACGGGCACUGUGGGCUUUUUGACGGCUUACACCUUUGUGAGAAAGAUAUAUGGCGCGAUCAAGGCGGAUUAA